AUGGCGACGAUCAAGGUCGUUAAAGCUCGUCAGAUCUUCGACAGCCGUGGAAAUCCGACCGUUGAAGUUGAUAUUACUCUCAGUGAUGGAGCCUAUGCCAGGGCUGCUGUUCCCAGCGGUGCUUCAACUGGUACGUAUGAAGCUCUGGAAUUGAGAGAUGGGGGAUCCGAUUACCUCGGAAAAGGGGUUCUCAAGGUUGAUAUUACUCUCAGUGAUGGAGCCUAUGCCAGGGCUGCUGUUCCCAGCGGUGCUUCAACUGGUACGUAUGAAGCUCUGGAAUUGAGAGAUGGGGGAUCCGAUUACCUCGGAAAAGGGGUUCUCAAGGCUGUGGAGAAUGUUAACUCAAUUAUUGGACCUGCAUUGAUUGGCAAGGACCCAACAGAGCAGGCCAAAAUUGACAAUUUCAUGGUACAACAACUUGAUGGAACACUUGGUGCUAAUGCUAUAUUGGUUGUGUCACUUGCUGUAUGUAAAGCGGGAGCUAUGGUGAACAAAGUUCCUCUUUACAAGCACAUUGCCAAUCUUGCUGGAAACAAAACAUUGGUGCUGCCUGUACCUGCAUUCAAUGUCAUCAACGGAGGUUCACACGCAGGAAACAAACUUGCAAUGCAGGAGUUCAUGAUUCUCCCUGUUGGGGCUUCUUCAUUUAAGGAAGCUAUGAAGAUGUGUGUGGAAGUAUAUCAUCAUUUAAAGCACAUUGCCAAUCUUGCUGGAAACAAAACAUUGGUGCUGCCUGUACCUGCAUUCAAUGUCAUCAACGGAGGUUCACACGCAGGAAACAAACUUGCAAUGCAGGAGUUCAUGAUUCUCCCUGUUGGGGCUUCUUCAUUUAAGGAAGCUAUGAAGAUGUGUGUGGAAGUAUAUCAUCAUUUAAAGGAAAACAAAGAGGGUCUUGAACUAUUGAAGACAGCUAUAUCAAAAGCUGGAUAUGCUGGAAAGGUUGUAAUUGGAAUGGAUGUUGCUGCGUCAGAGUUUUAUGAUAACAAGGACAAGACCUAUGAUUUGAACUUUAAGGAAGAGAACAAUGAUGGAUCACAAAAGAUCUCAGGAGACAGUUUGAAGAAUGUCUACAAAUCCUUUGUGGCCGAGUACCCAAUUGUAUCCAUAGAAGACCCAUUUGAUCAGGAUGAUUGGGAGCAUUAUGCAAAGUUGACAGUUGAAAUUGGUGAGCAGGUGCAAAUUGUUGGUGAUGAUCUUCUUGUCACGAAUCCUAAGCGUGUAGAGAAAGCGAUUAAGGAGAAGUCUUGCAAUGCCCUUCUUCUGAAGGUGAAUCAAAUUGGUUCAGUUACUGAAAGCAUUGAAGCUGUGAAAAUGUCCAAGCGUGCUGCCUGGGGUGUCAUGGCUAGCCACCGAAGUGGUGAAACCGAGGAUACUUUUAUUGCUGACCUUUCAGUUGGUUUGGCUACGGGCCAGAUCAAGACUGGUGCCCCUUGCAGAUCAGAACGGCUUGCUAAAUACAACCAGCUUCUUAGGAUAGAAGAGGAAUUGGGAUCUGAAGCAGUCUACGCAGGAGCAAAAUUCCGAUCACCGGUGGAACCUUACUAA